AAAAUAAAUAAAUGAUUAAAUAAAAUCUAGCCCUUUUUUCCUUUUCAUUCUUUUUUCCUCGUAUAUAGGAUGAAUAAACAAUAUCCAAGAUUACCUUCCAUAUCGACACUUUUAACAGGCCCUCCUCCACCUAUGAUGAUAAUGAUGGAUAAAACAUUGCCUGAAACAGUAGUAGUAUCACCUCUAUUAUCACCUGUAGAUUCAUACGCUUCUUCUUCUCCACCACCACCAAGUUCGUUACAUUCACCUACUCUUACUUCUUCAUCAUCUCAUGACCUUUCGCUACCAAAGAAAUCACAACCACAUCCUCAUGCAUGGCCUACUUUAUUACCUCGACCACCGAAAAGGGUACGUGAACAACAGUCGAUAGAGGACGAUCCGUAUCCUCCUUUACCACCCAUGACACAAAUUAUUUUGUCAGAAUCUGGAGAACCGAUUUUAAAACGUAGAAGAGGACGUCCACCGAUCAUGACGGAGGGGAAUAGAAUCUGUACUUUCUUGACACCUACUGUCUGGGAUGUCAAACAUCAUCACAUAUCACCUCUACUUCAGACGUCAUCAUCUUCUCAUCAUGUUAAUUCCAAAAGGAACAAUAACAAUACUAUGAUAAUGACCUUUAAAACAGCAGCAGCAACAGCAGCAGCAACAACAACAACUACUACUACUACUACAUCAUCGCCACACUCCAAUUUGAAAAUAGAAGCGUCUACUACACCACCACUUAAAAAACGAGGUCGUAAAUCCAAGCACCAAAUGAAAGGGAAUUCAUGUUUUUCAUGGAAAGAUUUGGCUACCACUAAAUAAAUAUAUUUUAUUGUUCAAUGAUCUUUCUUUCCUUCUCCUCUUCCCCCCCUUCCUUUUCCUGAUUUAUUAGAUAAUAAUAAUUUUAUAACCCCGGAUAAUUUUCACCCUCCCAAUUUUUUUUUUUUUUUUAACAACAACAACAACAAAAAAUGUCAAUAAAAAGUUUACCAUUUCGACUACUUCAAAGACGAGCUUAUACAGCAUUAAGUUAUCACAAAUAUUCAAUCCAAUCCUCAACUGACUCACCCAUUCUAAUUUGUCAUGGUUUAUUUGGUUCAAAGCAGAAUUGGUCAUCACUGGGAAAGGCCCUAAGUAGUCGACUUCAUCGAGAUGUGUAUACGAUUGUAAGUAAGCCGUUCAUAUAUAUAUAUAUAUAC